AUAACUACUCUUAUUAAUCACAAGGAUAAACCAAAGCGCUCAGACAAGACUCUGCAAGCAAUUCAGCGAGUGGGCCAAGCAGUUAACGUAGCAGUUGGAAGAUUUGUUACAGUAGGUGAAGCUAUAGCCAAUGAAAAUCAUGAAUUGAAAGAGGAAAUGAGUGUUGCCUGCAUUGAGGCGAGGAGAGCAGGUGAAACGAUUGCACAGCUCACAGACGUGGCAAGCUUGGACCAUCCAGAAUCUGAUAGCCACAUAACAAUCUUCACAGACAAAACGGGUGUGGUAAAAGCUGCAAGACUGUUGCUUUCUUCUGUCACAAAGGUGCUGGUGUUAGCAGACAGAAUUGUUAUUAAGCAAAUUAUAACUUCCAGAAACAAGGUUCUUGCAACAAUGGAACAACUAGAAAAAGUCAGUAGUUUCCAGGAGUUUGUACAAAUAUUCAGCCAGUUUGGAAAUGAAAUGGUAGAGUUUGCCCAUUUAACUGGCGAUCGACAAAACGAUUUGAAGGAUGAGAAGAAAAAGGCUAGAAUGGCAGCAUCUAGGGCUGUUCUUGAGAAGUGCACCAUGAUGCUUCUAACUGCUUCAAAGACUUGUCUGAGGCAUCCAGACUGUGAAUCUGCUCGUAUAAACAAAGAUGGAGUUUUUCAUCGGAUGAGAUUGGCUUUGGAACAGGUAAUAGAAAUUGUAACUGACUCUAGACCAAAUGGAGAAAAUGAAAUGGCCCCCAUCAGCAUAUAUUCUGGCAUCAAAGAAUUCAAGAAUAAGGUGGAGGGUCUUCGUGAGAAUCUUUAUUUUCUUUCAAAAGAGACCCUGUCGACAAUGCUGGAAGUUAUCCUGGAACACACAGAGGACUUCACAGACUCUGCCUAUACCAGUCACGAGCAUAGAGAACACAUUUUGGAGCUGUCUAAACAGGCUAAAAUGGAGCUAGAGCAGCUGGUUUCAGUGUGGAUGCAAGCUCAAAACCAGAAGACAAAGGAUCUCAUGGAAGACUUGGAAGUAGCCAUUUUAAAAACAUGCCAGUGCAUGAAUGAACUUAAAAGAGAGGUCCACAGUGCAGCAACGUCUUUGGCAGCAGAUCUGCUAAAAUACCAUACGGAUCACAUGGUUCUCAAAGCAUUAAAAAUCACAGGAGUCGAAGGAAAUCUUGAAGCUGUAGCAGAAUAUACUUGCAAGCUAUCAGAGCAGAAAGAACAACUUGUUGAGAUGUGUCGCUUGUUGAGGCACGUGUCUGGAACUGAGCCCCUUGAGAUUACUUGCAUACAUGCAGAAGAUACCUUUCAGGUCACUGGCCCACAGAUAAUUUCUGCUGCAGAAACACUGGCUUUACAUCCAUCUAGCAAGAUUGCAAAAGAAAAUCUGGAGGUGUUCUGUGAGGCCUGGGAGUCUCAACUGAGUGACAUGUCUAUGUUGUUGAGAGAAAUCAAUGAUGUGUUUGAAGGCAGAAGAG